AUGGCAGUGUCGGCUUUACCAGAGUGUAGGCUUCAGGAGAAGUUUGAUUUUUUUACUUUAUUAUGGAAAGAUAGGUAUCAGACUGCUACACUUGCAGAAAGCCGACAACUGCAGUGCGGGAACCAAGGGCGAAUUGGAGUAUGCUGGUACGUGUUCAAGCAGUAUGUUUUUGACAGCAAUAGCGAAGAACUGGAAGACUGGUUAAUUAACAUACUAAAAUGGAGUAUUUACCAGUGGAGCUUUUACCAGAUUCGUACCUCUAUGAAAAUUCCUCCAAGAAUUCCACACAAAUUAGAAGCUAGCUUGUUACAUGCGACUGGUGCAGAUCUUGCCUUUCCUGCUUCAAUCCAUGACAACAUAGUUUGCAGUAAAACAUUUCAGAUUCUUUACAAAAAUGAGGAAGUUUCUGUGAACGACGUGAUGAUUUUCAAAAUAAAAAUGCUGUUAGAUGAGAGGAAGAUUGAGGAGUCUCUUAAUGAAAUGAAUUUUCUGCUAACAUUAGAUCUGCACUUCACGGAUACAGACUAUUCACCAGAUGACCUGAGCACACUACAGCCAAUUAGUAGCCGAACUUUAAAGUUGCACUUUAACUUACACCGGGGCCUUCAUCACUACGUCAAUGUUAUGUUUGAUUACUUCCACCUUUCUGUCAUAUCGGUUAUAGUCCAUGCUUCUUUGGUUGCUCUGCAUCAGCCAUUGAUAAGUUUUCCUCGCCCACUGAAGAAUACAUGGUUGAACAGGAAUGCGCCAGCACAAAACAGGGACUCUGUGAUUCCUUCUCUUGAAAGCGUGGUCUUUGGCAAUAACUACACAAAACAGUUAUCAGCAGAUGGUUGCAGUUUUGUUAUAUCAGAGUCUUUCCUGAGCCAUGCAUAUAAUUUCCACUAUACGCUUUGUGCCAGUUUGCUGCUUGCUUUCAAAGGGUUACACAGCUAUUUCAUUAUGAUAACAAAAGAGCUCCCCUCUUCUCACCGAAUUGAACUGGGUAAGUUGAAUUCAAUAAAAUCCAAGGCCAGCAUGCAGGUCCUUUAUGAACGCCUUCUCAGAAGAAAAUAUCCACGAACCCAGAGAGACGCCUACCUAG